AACAACAUGAGGGUGAAUUAUUAAUUACAUAAUUUUGAUUAUUGGGUGAACUAACCCUUUAACUAAUAAACAUGUUAAGAUUUAGACACAGAUGUUUCGAUCAUAUUGACGGUACAGUAACUGAUUGUUUAUUGGUUGUUUUAGGUGUUGCUAUGGUUAUGUCAGUUAGAAGGGCUCCUCCUCUUCCUCUGAUCUUUCUGCUCAUGAUUCAUGAGGUUUCUAGUGCUGAUUGGGGUGUGAAUUACAGAGAUUCACACAUCUGUGCACUAAAGGACUCAUCAGUGAUAAUGAGCUGCAAUUAUACAUACUCUACUGGAUAUGAGAUCAAGAAAGUGUUCUGGACCAAAAACUCUGUAGAAGUUGGUGAAGAGUAUCCAGAUCUGUCUGAAGACCCUGAAUACAGUCAGAGGCUUCAGUAUCUGGGAGAUAAACAGAAGACCUGCACCAUCAGACUGAGUCAUGUGACACAGAAGGAUUCACAUAAAUACUAUUUCAGUCCCAUCGCUUAUGAAACUGGUUUCUGGAAAAAAAGUGUGAAUUGGAUUGGUGAUCCAGGAGUGUCUCUGACUGUCACAGAUCUUCAGGUGGAGUCUCCUGAGACAGUGACAGAGGGAGAUUCAGUCCGUCUGACAUGUAAAAGCAGCUGCGCUCUGACUGACAGAGCAACAUUCAUCUGGUACAGAAACUCAAAGAAAUUAACUAAGAGAAGAGACAGAAACAAUAAACUCCUGCUGCAGUCAGUCAGAAGAGAGGAUGCAGGCAGAUACAGCUGUGGUGUACAGGAACACACUUACAUCUCUCCUGCUGUUCAGCUCCGUGUCACAUAUCCUCCAAACAGUGUCUCAGUGUCCAUCAGUCCAUCUGGUGAAAUAGUGGAGGGAGAUUCAGUGACUCUGAUCUGCAGCAGUGAUUCAAACCCUCCUGCAGAAAUCAGCUGGUUUAAAGGAGGAAGUUUUUUAAGAUCUGGAAGAAUCUACAGCAUCUCAAAGAUCAGCUCUAAUCACAGUGGAGAAUACAAGUGCAAGUCCAGCAAUAAACAUGGAUGGAAAUACUCUGCUGUGACUUUAAACGUCAUGAGGGUUUCUAGUGCUGAUUGGAGUGUGAGUUAUGGACAUUCACACAUCUGUGCACUAAAGGACUCAUCAGUGAUAAUGAGCUGCACUUAUACAUACCCUACUGGAUAUCAGAUCAGGAAAGUGUUCUGGACCAAAAACCCUGUGAAGGUUGGUGAAGAGUAUCCAGAUCUAUUUGAGGACCCUGAAUACAGUCAGAGGCUUCAGUAUUUGGGAGAUGAACAGAAGAACUGCACCAUCAGACUGAGUCAUGUGACACCGAAAGAUUCACAAAAGUACUAUUUCAUUCUCCUCGCUGAUAAACCUGGUUUAUCCAACUGGAUUAAGCAGUGGAUCACAACUGUUAAAGAUAAUGUGAAAUGGAUUCGUGUUCCAGGAGCAUCUCUUACUGUCACAGAUCUUCAGGUGGAGUCUCCUGAGAAUGUCACUGAGGGUCAGAAUGUCAGUCUGACAUGUGUAAGCAGCUGCGCUCUGACUGACAGAGCAACAUUCAUCUGGUACAGAAACUCAAAGCCAUUAACUGAGAGAAGAGACAGAAACAAUCAACUCCUGCUGCAGUCAGUCAGAAGAGAGGAUGCAGGCAGAUACAGCUGUGGUGUGCAGGGACACACUUACAUCUCUCCUGCUGUUCAGCUCAAUGUCACAUAUCCUCCAAACAGUGUCUCAGUGUCCAUCAGUCCAUCUGGUGAAAUAGUGGAGGGAGAUUCAGUGAAUCUGAUCUGCAGCAGUGAUUCAAACCCACCUGCAGAAAUCACCUGGUUUAAAGAAGGAAGGUUUUUAGGAUCUGGAAGAAUCUACAGCAUCUCAAAGAUCAGCUCUAAUCACAGUGGAGAAUACAAGUGCAAGUCCAGCAAUAAACAUGGAUGGAAAUACUCUGCUGUGACUUUAAACGUCAUGUAUCCACCAAAGGACGUCGCAGUGUCCAACUUCAGUCUAUCUGGUGUAAUAGUGGAGGGAGAUUCAGUGACUCUGAUCUGCAGCAGUGAUUCAAACCCUCCUGCAGACAUCAACUGGUUUAAAGGAAGAAUGUUUGUAGGAUCUGGAAGAAACUACAGCAUCUCAAAGAGCAGCUCUAAUCACAGUGGAGAAUACAAGUGCAAGGCCAGCAAUAAACAUGGAGAGAAAUACUCUGAUGCUGUGAUUUUAAAUGUCAUGUAUCCUCCAAAAAGUGUCUCAGUGUCCAUCAGUCCAUCUGGUGAAAUAGUGGAGGGAGAUUCAGUGACUCUGAGCUGCAGCAGUGAUUCAAACCCACCUGCAGAAAUCACCUGGUUUAAAGAAGGAAGGUUUUUAGGAUCUGGAAGAAUCUACAGGAUCUCAAACAUCAGCUCUAAUCACAGUGGAGAAUACAAGUGCAAGUCCAGCAAUAAACAUGGAGAGAAAGACUCUGAUACAGUGAUGCUGAAUGUGACGUAUGCUCCAAGAAAUGCAGUGGUGUCCAUCAGUCCAUCUGGUGAAAUAGUGGAGGGAGAUUCAGUGACUCUGAUCUGCAGCAGUGAUUCAAACCCUCCUGCAGAAAUCAACUGGUUUAAAGGAGGAACAUUUGUAGGAUCUGGAAGAAACUACAGCAUCUCAAACAUCAGCUCUAAUCACAGUGGAGAAUACAAGUGCAAGUCCAGCAAUAAACACGGAGAGAAAGACUCUGAUACAGUGAUGCUGAAUGUGACAUAUGCUCCAAGAAAUGUAAUGGUGUCCAUCAGUCCACCUGGUGAAAUAGUGGAGGGAGAUUCAGUAACUGUGAUCUGCAGCAGUGACUCAAACCCUCCUGCUCUGAACUUCAGCUGGUUUAAAGGAGGAACAUUUGUACGGUCUGGAAGAAACUACAGCAUCUCAAACAUCAGCUCUAAUCACAGUGGAGAAUACAAGUGCAUGUCCAAUAAUAAACACGGAGAGAAAGACUCUGAUACAGUGAUGCUGAAUGUGACGUAUGCUCCAAGAAAUGCAGUGGUGUCCAUCAUCAGUCCAUCUGGUGAAAUAGUGGAGGGAGAUUCAGUGACUCUGAUCUGCAGCAGUGACUCAAACCCUCCUGCUCUGGACUUCAGCUGGUUUAAAGAAGGAACAUUUGUAGAGUCUGGAAGAAUCUACAGCAUCUCAAACAUCAGCUCUAAUCACAGCGGAGAAUACAAGUGCAAGUCCAAAAAUAAACACGGAGAGAAAGACUCUGAUACAGUGAUGCUGAAUGUGACGUAUGCUCCAAGAAAUGUAAUGGUGUCCAUCAGUCCACCUGGUGAAAUAGUGGAGGGAGAUUCAGUGACUCUGAUCUGCAGCAGUGACUCAAACCCUCCUGCUCUGAACUUCAGCUGGUUUAAAGGAGGAACAUUUGUACGGUCUGGAAGAAACUACAGCAUCUCAAACAUCAGCUCUAAUCACAGUGGAGAAUACAAGUGCAUGUCCAAUAAUAAACACGGAGAGAAAGACUCUGAUACAGUGAUGCUGAAUGUGACGUAUGCUCCAAGAAAUGCAGUGGUGUCCAUCAUCAGUCCAUCUGGUGAAAUAGUGGAGGGAGAUUCAGUGACUCUGAUCUGCAGCAGUGACUCAAACCCUCCUGCUCUGGACUUCAGCUGGUUUAAAGAAGGAACAUUUGUAGAGUCUGGAAGAAUCUACAGCAUCUCAAACAUCAGCUCUAAUCACAGCGGAGAAUACAAGUGCAAGUCCAAAAAUAAACACGGAGAGAAAGACUCUGAUACAGUGAUGCUGAAUGUGACGUAUGCUCCAAGAAAUGUAAUGAUGUCCAUCAGUCCAUCUGGUGAAAUAGUGGAGGGAGAUUCAGUGAAUCUGAUCUGCAGCAGUGAUUCAAACCCUCCUGCUCUGAACUUCAGCUGGUUUAAAGAAGAAACAUUUGUAGGAUCUGGAAGAAACUACAGCAUCUCAAACAUCAGCUCUAAUCACAGCGGAGAAUACAAGUGCAAGUCCAAUAAUAAACACGGAGAGAAAGACUCUGAUACAGUGAUGCUGAAUGUGACGUAUGCUCCAAAAAAUAUAAUGGUGUCCACCAGUCCAAUAGUGGAGGGAGAAUCAGUGACUCAUAAACAUGUAGAGAAAUACUCUAAUGCAAUGCCUUUAAAUGUCAUGUACCCUCCAAAAAAUGUCUCAGUGUACAUAAAUGGAUCUGCUGAAACAGUGGAAGGAGAUUCAGUGACUCUGAUCUGCAGCAGUGAUUCAAACCCUCCUGCUCUGAACUUCAGCUGGUUUAAGGAGAAUCAAAGCUCCUCUGUUGGAUCUGGACAGAGUUUCAGUGCACUACAGAGUGGACGCUUCUACUGUGAGGCUCACAAUCAACACGGAUCUCAGAGAUCAGAUGCUGUUACUGUCACUGUUAAAGAGCAUCACGGAUCCCGUUGGCAUGAAGUUUUUGGGAUCACAGUGGAAUGUGGAGUAUCAUUCAUCAUUGUUACCAUCACUAUCAUUAUCAUCAUGUUCAUAAUAAAGAAACUAAGGAGUUUUAAAUAUGAAUACAUCACAAUGACACAGAUCUCUGAAUCCAGUGAAGACACAUACAGACUUCUUGAGCUCCAGUCCACGACCUCUGAUCUGUAUGGCACACUCACAACCCUUCAUCCCACACCUCUUGAAGGCUCAUGUACAACAGCUUUAUAAUGAAAUUGAUUAACUUAAUUUAGUCUGUCUUCAUGUUAUUGACUGUUCAGAUCAACAGGAAGAUGCUGCUGUAAGAGGUGGAGCACAAAGUGUUAAUACUGAGCUCUGUGGGCGGAGCCACUUAUGACUGAGGGGGAUCACUGAGUUGCUUCAGUUUUUUAUUUCUUUAUGGUUUCAGGAGCAUUAUUCAGAGGUGGGUAA